AAUCAGAAAAUGUAUUAGAUGUAAUACCAACAAGUGUGUAACAUCGUUGGUUCGCAUUUUCUUUGCUGCCAAUUGCUGCUUUAUUAUAGGCUAUAUACAUAUAUUUUAACACUGCAUUAGGUAUACAAGUGUUCAUGCGUCAAUCUCAAUAUAUUUACACUUAUGACCCAUGUAGAUCUGGGAUUUCAAAUAGAAGCAAAAGUGAGGUUAUGGGGCCCGUUUCAUAAACAGUUGCAACUGUUGUAACUAUGGCAACUAGCAUGGUAACAGGGCUCAGCAGCCAAUCACAAUCAAGGUUACCAUGGUAGUUCCCAUAAUGGCAAAGUUACAACAGUUGCAAGUCCUUUAUUUAACAGGCCCUUGGUUUGCUUAUGUGCAAUAUUGAAAGGGUAGAGAUGUUAAGCCAUUUUGAUGUUCAUGAAUAUUUAAUGAACAUUAAAUGUGUCAUUGAUGUGAAGUUCUAGAUUCGUUAGAGUCGGGGGUUUAUGGUGAGAACGAAGGCUGUAAUGCGUGUCUGAUCCUUUUAUCCACAAAAGUUCUUGUGUGCAAGGAAAGUAAUCACAAGAGAUACUUCUUUAUUAAUUGCAAGGUGAGUUGGAGGUGUUUCACAAAGAUUUUAAUGUGACUGAAAAUUGCACUGUAUGAACAUCCUAUUUGCAAUGAGUAUAAAGACAGUUUACUGCAUUGGUCAUAUUAUGCUUGAUGAACAUACUCCAGACUACCACAAAAAUUGGUGGGUUUUAUGUCAAACGAUCCUUCGAUGCUUAGAUCGCGAUCCAACCAUUCUUUAUGUUUAGGAAUCACAGUGAAUACGUUUGAGAAUUUUGUGGAUUAGUGGUGUAAUUUGGUCGUGGUAUGUGGUCAAAUACAGUAUUCACCUCUUGUCAUUGAUCCACCAGGAUCUCGCAUAGAAUAGGUUCUAUUGUUAUGCACUGUCCGCUAUUUCUUGUCUAUUGUUCCCCAGCUCCUGUACAUUAUCUCCUGUUCCAAACACCCCAAACCACUAUUUCCUCAUUACUUUACAGCACAAAGCCCACAAAUUUGUCUGUACCAAAUGAACGCCUUUUCAGUUAAACCAUGGAGCUAUUACUUGUAGUACUUAACUCUUUGUUAAAAGCGACCUCUUCCUCUGCUUUCCCUUAGAGUAGGCUCUCUUCAUGUCAGUAGGAUUUGAAAGGGGGUUGAUCAGUCAAUGGUGUUGACAAGAGCUAGCCACCUUGAAAUGUGGCUUGUAUGAGAAUCACUCUCAACAUCUUAUCUGCUCUGUUCUUCCAAAUUGUGCAAGGAUGAAAUGGUGGGAGAUUGACUGGGAGAGCCUCUGUGAAAUCCUGGAUGAGGCAGGUUGAGGAACCUUUGAAGAAAUACAGGAAAAGCACUAUUACAGUGUAUAAAGAAACAGUGAGACCCCGCCAAGGUGCUCCGCGGGAAUUAAGGACCGGACAGAGCGUCAAGGUCUGCACGAAAAGGAAACAGAAGUUGCAAGUCAGAACCCCAAACCUCACCCAAUUCAUAGAAUGAAUUGAUACAUGCUAGACUAUAUCUGGCAAACUGAGGAGAAAAUAAUUUCUACAGGAUCGGAACAUCAGAACUGGACACUACUUUUAAACCUUCAAGGAUAUAGGAACUGCUGGUGGAGAUGAUGGCUGGGGAGCGGAUAGACGGACACGUCGUGCUUGGGUCGCCUAGAGAUACGGGCAGUGAGCCUUGUAUGAAAAGAGUGUGCAGUGGCUUGACGUGUACAGUCUGUGGCGAUGUUUCGAGUGGUAAGCACUAUGGCAUCUACGCCUGCAAUGGAUGCAGUGGCUUCUUCAAGCGUAGCGUCAGGAGAAAGUUGGUCUACAGAUGCCAAGCUGGGACCGGAUGUUGUUUAGUAGAUAAAGCUCAUCGCAACCAAUGCCAGGCGUGUCGUCUGAAGAAAUGUUUAGAAGCAGGGAUGAAUAAAGAUGCUGUACAGAAUGAGCGUCAGCCUCGAAACAUGGCCCAUGUCCGACUCGACAGUGUACCUUCUGUCACAACGGCUGAGCCCCAUGAGCUCGCUCCCAGUCCGUUGGCUCGAGAACCGACCUCUUCAUCGUUCUCAACGUCGUCGUCAUCAUCGACGUCACCAUCGUCAUCGUAUGGUGGGCCGAUGUCGGCGUCGGCGCACGCUGCUGCGUUUGCGUUCACGGCCAAUCACCGAUUCAUGGCAGGAUUGAUGACAGCAGAAACAUGUGCAAAAUUGGAACCAGAAGAUGCACUUCAAGACGCAUGCGAGAUCGACGUAACCGGUGACAGCGAUCCCAGAAGCGAUCUGCGACCAGACCAUCGUUCUGACCAUCAUCAUCAUCAUCACCAUCGACGAGCAGGAAUGAUCCUGAGCGGAUCGGAGCUUGCGACCACUCCCAAGGAGAUUGCUGUUUAUCCAUCAAGCAAUGAUAGCAUCUAUGAAUCAUCGGCACGCCUUCUCUUCAUGGCCGUCAAAUGGGCCAAGACGCUGCCAUCUUUUUCUAGUCUACCUUUCCGAGAUCAGGUUAUUCUUCUUGAGGAAGCCUGGAGUGAGCUUUUCCUGCUAUGUGCUCUUCAGUGGUCUAUGCCGCUGGAAUCAUGCCCGCUGCUCACCGGUCUGCACGAGCAAUCCCAGACGGACAAGUCGGCGACUUGUGUCUCGGACAUUCGCCUGCUGCAAGAGAUCAUGUCUCGCUUUCGCGGGCUUCGGGUUGACCCAGCCGAGUUCGCCUGUCUAAAGGCGAUCGUGCUCUUCAAACCUGAAACACGCGGGUUGAAGGACCCACAACAGGUCGAAAUUCUGCAGGAUCAAGCGCACAUGAUGCUGACCCAGCACAUACGGGCACACCAACCAACACAGUCUGCGAGGUUUGGUCGUAUGCUCCUUCUCCUCCCCUCUUUGCGAUUCGUGACGUCAGAUCAGAUCGAGCGACUCUUCUUUAGAUGUACUAUUGGGGACACACCCAUGGAGAGGUUACUCUGUGACAUGUUCAAAAAUUAAUCAGAGUCUGGAAAAUGAUGGAGGGGAUCCUAAAGUGGGAAAGUACCAUUGGCUUUACAACAGUUGUCCAUUUGCUGAAAGACAUUCAAAUCAUGGACAAAGACCAUCGACAGAAGUUGUGAACAGUCUGCGAAUGCUGGUUUCUUACGGCCUUCUGGUGAAGGUAAUGAUUGGCUGCAUGACAUUGGUCCCUUUGCUAGUUAGAGACAGUUUUUAAUCAAGUGCAGAUGUCGCGCUGAAGUCUUCUAUGGUUUUCCUUUCCGAAAACAAUAUUCAUGAAGUCAAAUAUCUGUGAGGCAUGAUCAGCAAAAGGGUGACAUAUUCAGUGGGAUAUUCGCGAUUGGUAUGAGUACGCAACGUCAUUACCACUGACCUUUUACUGCCCCUAGGUGUGUCUGAAUAAAAGUGUUGCCAAAGGGCCAGGCAGGGUCCCAAAUAAAGAAGAAGUACCUCCUCGAGAGGUAUUAGGAACUCUGACAUUGAGGGCGCUGUUCUUUAAAGAGGCGAAGGUUGAUUGUGGAAGAUGUGACCUGAAUGUGCGCCAUAUAUACUAAAAAAUGGGUGAAAAGGCAGACAGGUGAAUUACUUGGAAUCAUGAUCUUAAGAAAUGGACCGGACUUCGACUAGACAUUGGUAGAAGUUGGAGGGUACUGAUAUACCAAGUAAAGUCAAAUGAGGGGCACAAGCUCCUACAGGUGCUACGCUACUUGAGUACAGAUGAUAAUGAUUUAUUAUAGAGACAAUGAUUAAGUGGAUACUUGUUAAGGGUUAGGGUGGUAUAUCAUUGGGAUCAUUGGUUCGUAUCUAUAAAUACGCAGUUGGGUGUGGCUGUCCAGAGCUGACAAGAACGUGUAAUUUGCAAACAUCAGUAGGUAGGCGGAACUGUUCUGAUGAGCGCGUCAUGAAAGGACGUUGCAAUCCAACAACGUCUGUUUUCAUCUUACAGUUACCAGAGGAGCAGUGCUUCUUGGCUAUUCAGAAUAAAAGAAAGUUGUCAGAUCUGACCACUUGUCAGACGAAAAAUAUUGAUGGAAUGCUGCCGCGGACGUAGCUCAACCGCAAGUAAAACAAUUAAACGCAAGAUGCAAAUGGGUGCGACUGCUUAGCUGAAAAACACAAAAUUGAGCUUGAUAACCUUUUGCUCUUUGAAGUGGUUCUGGGGCACUUUUCUUUCGUUAUUAUUAUUCAUUAUUAUCAUCACUAUCAAUAUUUCAUGGGAGUUGUCUAGUUCCCCAAAAUACAUUCUUCAAUGGUUGUACUUUAUUAUUUAUUAUGUACUUCUAACAGUAACGAAAUCUGCCCGGAAAACAAAUCGAGAAGGCCUAAAUUCACUAGCUAUCAUUCGAAGUGUUAUCAAAGUUCAUAUCGAUUGUUACAUGAAUGUUGGGGUAUGCAAUAUUGCAUUUUAGUAUUAUAAAACUAUACAGUGUAUGUAGGGAAUGUGCAAUGCUGGUGUAUAGAAUGGUUUCAUUCAAAUAAUUGAAGUUGAUAUCAAGUAGGUAUCGAAAAACAGUGAUCUGAACAUGGGCGGCGGAAGCGGGAGGAGUGGGAUUUCCCCCCUAAAUUUGAGGUGGGGGGGGGGGCGACCCCCUAUUUCUUUGUUGAUAACCCUUUUUUUUGGUUGCUUGUCAAAACAAUUUCGUGGCCCCCCUAAAAUUGUUGGCUUCCUCCGCCAGUGGAUCUGAGAGUGACUUUCCCUGCCCUGCUAGUACUAGACACUUUUCGCUCAACGACGCUAGUUGAUUUUGGAAGAGUCUUUUAGUCAUGUCUUUUACGACAUGUGAAAAUUUUGUCUUUUGCAACCGCAACGGUGACAUUAGAUCUGCGGUUUCGUGUGCAAAAUUCUAGUUUCUACUAUGGUAACGAAGACAAUUCUGAUUUGGGACGAUUCUUUAGAGCCCGAUGAUAGUCGUUGGAGAGCUCCAAGGCGCCUCUAUAAUAUGGAAGUUAAAACAAGUUUUUAUCAGUACUUGUUACUUGUUUUGCCAUGCAAAAUGUUGAAUAUGCACGUCCAAACCCAAUACGUCAGCCUUUGCCAAAUGAUUUGUUUCCGUUUUCUAGUCCAUAUUAACAAGUAAUUUCAUGGCAUUAAAAGAAAAAUUGACGUUCAGAAACUUGAUUUGUUAUUGAUUAGCCCGGUUAAGCAAUUCGCCCAGUAAUUAUUUGAGGUUCAUGAAGAGGCGCAUCAUUCUUUCUUAAAAUGCAGGGGAUGAAUUCAUUAUAAUUGAAGUAGGGCAGCAUUCAAAAUACUGAAUUAAAAAUCAUCACGAAGUUUAGGAAGCAUUCAACUUCAACUUGUGCACGCUUCUUAAUCCUAUAUUAUUUGUGAUUUUUUCGUAAUAUUUUGUGCCACAGUGGUGCUCAAAAUAGUUGUCAGUUUAGGCUUGGAUAUACUGUGAUACCUUUACCAAAUUUGUUUUGCUUUGUAUAUCUACUAUAUUGUAAAUGCAUUUUCAUCAUUUAUGUAUAUAUAAUCACGGUUAUAGAAGAUAUAGAAAACA